AUGCGCCUCCUUCGCUAUGCCCUGGCAGUUGCACAUCUGCUGACUCUACCGACCUCUGCCCAGCGCGUCAUCAGUCUUGUCGGCGACGACUGGACACUGUCAAAUCCUCUAUUGAACAUCUCGUUGCCGGCAAAACUUCCCAGUCAAGCAACCCUCGAUCUCUACGACAACCAGGUCAUUGGCGAUCCUCUCUUCGGCCGAAACAGCUAUGCUCUUCGUUUCAUCGUCUGGCAGAAUUGGACAUACAUAUCUGCUCCCAUCUCCGGUCUCUCUUCCAACGCCAGUAGUACAUGGCUACUCUUCAAUGGUCUCGACACCUUCACCAGCAUCUCCUUCUGCGGACAGCACGUUGCCAGCACGAAUAAUCAGUUUCGCCAGUACUGGUUCGAUGUAUCGAAAUUCUUGACCAAUUGCACAGAAGAAAACAGAAUACUUAACAUCAACUUCGGGUCGGCGGCGAACAUCGCCGACGAGAUCGCCAAUCAGCCCGGACAGGAGACUUGGGCUGAUGGAAUUCAGCAACUGUACCAGUUCCCCAACAGAUGGUUCGUUCGCAAAGAACAGAACGAUUUUGGAUGGGAUUGGAGUGCCGGCUUUGUCCCUGCAGGACCAUGGCAGCCAGCAUGGAUUGUACAGCUGGAAGACACAGAAGUGCAUAUCCGCAACAGCUUGGUCGACAUCUAUCGCCGCGGUCAGCUAAAUAACCUCCCACCUGACCAGAAUCAGCCAUGGGUCGUGAAUGCGAGUUUGGACUACUUUGGCGAUGUGCCCGAUUCAGCAAGUCUGAAAUACAAGCUCACGACCAUCGACAAUGCUACAACUAUUGCAAGCGGAGAUCUUGCAGCUGUCAAUGUUACCGACACUGCAGUGACUGGGUCCACCAUCGUUCCGCAAGGAGAUGUCGAACUGUGGUGGCCAGUCGGUAUGGGCUCACAAACUCUCUACUACAUCACCAUCGAGCUUGUGUCGGGGACCGGGCAAAGACUGGCUUCAGUGAGUAAGCGAGUGGGCUUCAGAACCAUUGUGCUCAAUGGCAACCCUGUCAGCGAGGCGGAGAUGGCCAAAGGCAUUGCACCUGGCAACAACUGGCACUUCGAGAUCAAUGCCCAGCCGUUCUUUGCAAAAGGAUCCAACUUCAUUCCACCUGAUGAGUUCUGGCCCCGAGUAACGCCACAGCGCAUCUCCGAUCUGUUUGACACUGCAAUCGCUGGAAACCAGAACAUGUUACGAAUUUGGUCCAGCGGCGCGUACUCGCCAGACUUCAUGUAUGACCUUGCGGACGAGAAGGGAUUGCUUCUGUGGUCCGAGUUCGAAUUUGGCUGUGCACUCUAUCCCGCGGACCCAGAGUUCCUUGAGAAUGUCCGAGCUGAGGCAGAGUACCAAGUCCGGCGAGUCAAUCAUCAUCCGUCUCUCACUUUCUGGGCUGGUGGCAACGAACUUGAGAAUCUUGAGCUCCCAAAUGCCAACCGCUCAUCGCCCGAGGAAUACCCCCGACUGGUCGGCGAGUAUGAAGCACUUUUCCUGCACACCCUGUUGCCAGCGGUCUAUGAGAACAGCAAGAGUAUCAGCUAUCAACCCAGUUCUACUUCCAAUGGCUGGCUAUCACUCAACCACAGUGCUCCUGCGAAGGAGAUCAUGAUCCAGCGAUACAACAACAAGACCAAAGGAGCCGUGUAUGGAGAGACAGAUUACUACAACUACAACUCUUCAUUCCUCGGCAACACCACAUCUUACCCUGUUGGCCGCUUUUCGAACGAGUUUGGCUACCACAGCAUGCCUUCAAUCCAAAGUUGGCGGCAGCAAAUUUCCGAAAAAGACCUUCAAUUUAACAGUACCACAAUACUUUUGAGGAAUCAACACAAUCCAAAUUCCGACCUCGACAUUUACAACUUGACCAACUCACGCACAGGUCAAGGACAGAUGACAACAGCGGUCGAAAAUUGGUAUCCCAUACCCGAGAAGACGGAUCCCAUUGCGAACUUCUCCGCUUGGUGCCACGCAACACAGAUCUUCCAAGCAGAAUUCUAUCGCUCCCAAAUCGAAUUCUACAGACGUGGCAGCGGUCUUCCCAAUCGGUGCCUCGGCUCUCUGUAUUGGCAGCUGGAAGACAUCUGGGUCGCUCCUACCUGGGCAGGCGUGGAGUACGAUGGUCGCUGGAAAGUUCUCCACUACGUCGCCAAAGAUGCUUACUCCCAUGUUAUCAUUGCGCCUUACUUUGAUCGAGCGACGGGAAACCUCAGCGUCUGGACUACUUCCGACCUUUGGGAAGAUGUCAGUGGAUCGGCGACCUUUGCAUGGUAUAACUGGCAGGGCGAGAAGCUUGACGUCCAAAUGGACGAGUCCAAAGAUGUGACCAUUGGCGCACUCAACAGUACCCAGGUCCUUCAAACCAAUACCACUGAGAUCUUGUCGUCUUCGGACCACAACAAUGCAAUUCUUCGAAUGGAGAUCCAAGUCGAGGGACGAUUGCCAACUUCCAACAUGACGGAGACGUUCACUCACUCCAGCUUUUUCACUCCUGGUGCCUUGAAAGAUGCACAGCUCGUCGAUCCAGGCUUACAGCUUUCCUAUGAUGAAUCUUCAAAGAAGUUCUCUGUGACGGCGACACAAGGUGUUGCAGCUUGGGUGUGGCUCGACUACCCUUCUGGAGCGGUCGUUCAUUUUGAGAGCAAUGGAUUUUGGUUAGGCAAGAACGAGACGAGAGAAAUUGGAUUUACGGUGCAGAAGGAUGAGACUUACGGGACGUGGAAGGAUGGGGUCACGGUGGAGAGUAUGUGGAAUCAGACGUUGAGUACUUGAUUUGUCAUGUGCAUAUAGUCUCAUCACGAGAGCUUACGCACGAACUAUUUGGCAUACAGCAAUUCAAGUUCAAAACAUUGGAA